AUGUGCUUGUGCGAUAAUGUACUUGUGUGCGAGAAAGCACUUGUGUGCGAGAAAGUACUUGUGUGCGAGAAAGUAUUUGUGUGCGAGAAUGUACUUGUGUGCGAGAAUGUACUUGUGUGCGAGAAUGUGCUUGUGUGCGAGAAUGUACUUGUGUGCGAGAAUGUACUUGUGUGCGAGAAUGAUUUCAGAAAAAGUCACGAUGAGAAUAUUUUUGAUAAUAUUUUUCACUGCGAAAUAGAGACACUGUUUAAAAAGUUUUGCAAAACUGUAAAAGACAGAGAUGAGCGAUUUUGCUACUAUAUUGGAGGGGCUGAGACCUCAGCAACAAACAUCCUGAAGAUUAUGUCUUCACCGUUCAAGAACCAUCUCCCUCUUGUGAAAGUCUGUGAAAAAUUGCAAGACGCUGACCCUCAGAUAUGUGAUCUGAAAUAUGAGAAGAAGUUGGACCUUUCUGAGGUUGAAUUCAAGAAGCUCAAGGUUAAGGACCUGAAGAAGAUUCUAUCCGACUGGGACGAGGAACGAGCAUGCAGGGGCUGCUCCGAGAAGUCUGACUUUGUACGAGCUGUGAAAGAGCUUAUGCCCAAACAUGCACCCGAGGCUUAUGCUAAACUUAAAGCCAGGGAUGAGCUUUGAUGACUUUUUUAUUAGUGCCUAGGUUUCUUAAAUAUACAAAUUGAUUAUAGCAGGAAUUGGAGAUCCAUAACUCAGUUUGCAGUAGUCAUAUGAAAUCAAAGCAACUAUAGAGUUUAUACAGAAUUAUAAGAGUUCUAUUUUGUUUCAUGCACUCUCUAUAAUGACGGAUCUUUUAAUAUUCUCCCGUCCAGGUGGUCAAUUUAGCAAAAUCAUAGACAUACAUGUAUGAAAAAGACUCAAAUGUGAAGUGUAUUUACUUCUUUAAAAUAUGAUCACAUUUGCUCUGCAUUCAUUACCAACUAUA